AUGACACAACCACCGAUAUCUUCUCUGAUCCGACGAUAUAGUAUGAAAGCAGAGCACGAGUCGCCUAACAAUCCGCUCACCCAGGCUCUAAGCUCUACGAUCAAAGAGCGAGAUGACUUAGAAAGGCAGUCCCAGCGCCAGGCCGAAGAAUGGACCAAAUGGCUCAAGUUCGGGGAAGCUACAGACGACGCGGGUUUGAAGCGGUUAGAUGACGGUCGCAGGAGCAUUGUGGAGAUUUGGCAGCGAUUUAGGGAGCAUCAUCAUGAACUUCCAGCAGUGGGCGCCGGCCAGCUCGUUCCAGAGGUACCGAACAUUAUAACGUUGAGGAACAUCAUCCAAGACGCCCAAGUGGAAUGGCAAGCUAAAAGAAGUAAAGGAUUGGGAAAGAUCAAAAGUUAUGUUGCAGACUUUUUGGAGAUGAUGGACGAUCAUUCUUACCUGUUCAAAUUCAUUCCGACCGGAGAUAAAUACAUCAGCCUCAUCACGGGCGUCGUGUCGUCGGUUGUCAAGAUAUGUGCCAAUUAUAAGAGAAUUGCUGAAGGGUUCUUUUCCGCCUUAGUUGACCUCAGCAGUGAUGUGAGGCUGGUCCAAAAGAAGACAGAUAUCUGGGACAGCCCGGACAUGAGGACGCUCGUGGUUGACUACUAUGUGAUGGUCUUCGAAUUUCUCUGCAACGCAAUGUCAUGGUUCAGUCGACCACGCCAUCGAUAUCGGACGAUCCUGGAUAGGAGUUCCUAUGAUCACGAAGUCAGGGACUUGGUCGAUCGGAUGAAAUCAGCGGUAGCACGGAUCCGCGACGAAGCGGCACAUCUCGCAGAGAAGCAGGUCUUGGGAAUCAACAGCAAGCUGGGCCAAGUUCUGGAUAUUGUCAGCCCACAGUCAAUUGACGCCUCUGGUAUUGAUGUCUCUGGGAAAUUUCUCUAUCUUCACGUUGUGGGGAGUGGGAGUCGUGGCGAUAGCCGGGAUGCGACGCAGGCGAAGCUCCAUCACUUCGGUCAGCUUGUAGGAUCAUGUUCGCUGGAAACUCUGCAGGACAUUGAGAAAAAUUCAGGAUACGUUCGGCAGUCGGUGACGAUAGGUGAGAAGCCGGUGAGCCCGAGAGAUGUUCAGCCGAUGGAUGUUCAGAUUGCAGAAGUCGAGACAUUGAAAGAUGAGUCAGACUCUGGUAUAUUUAAAGCCACGAUGUCCUUCGCAGAAUACACGGAGGAUGGCAGAGAAGAGCUUUCCAACGCGCUCCGGGGAAACCCAUCUUCUCUGCUGCCACAGGAAGUGUUGAGUGAGAUCCAGAACUGGGUGCGGAGCCCCCAAUCCAAGAUGAUCUGGAUAGAGGGGGAUCCUUUAUCCUCUUAUGGUUCCAAUCUCUCCUUGGCAGCCAUGCAGCUGUGCGCAAUUAGCACCAGGGCACAUAUUCCCUGUAUCUCUUUCUUCUGUAAGCCAAGGUAUAAUUUUGCCACGAAUUUUUCGAAUCAAGAAGCCUCUGUCAUCGCAUUGUUGUACACCAUCAUCGCACAACUUACGCGUCUACUUCCCGCAGACUUCCACGGUGCUCCGAUACUCCUGGGGCAGUUUGAACUUCUUGACGGGGCGAUAGGGACUGCCUCCACUGCAUUGAACAUAAUCAGAGAGCUCUUGGUGCAUGCGCCGCCAUCAAUUAUCUGGGUCAUUGAUGGACUUCAUCUGGCAGAGAACAGCAGUACCAUUCACAUCCUUGACGACUUUGUGGCCAUACUGCGUGAGCAGGAGAGGUUCCGGCUUUCCAAGGUAUGCUUUACGACUGAUGGAAACAGUCAUACCCUGUUGCCGGCUAUUAUGGUGAAUGAGCGAGUAGACGCCUCCCGAAUGGCUCUAGCAGGACCUAGAAGACACUUGUAUGGAGGGGGGGACAUCUUAGCCGAGAUGAAUAGUUGGUGA